CAUCGAGUCCUCCGCCCCGGCACGGCCGCACCUCACUACCCCUGCCCACCAGCCUCCGCCUCGCCUCUCGUCGUCGCAGUCGCAGCCAUGGUCUCCCUCCGAUUCCCCACCGCCGCCGUCCCCCGCCUCCCGCCAACUCCGGGCCCCAACGGCGCCGCCAUCGCCGCCACACUCGCUGCCGCGGCGGCGGCCGCGGUAGCAGCGGCCAGCCUGACCCUCACGGCCAAAUCCGCGGGCCGGCCGGUCCCGCACCCCGCCCCUUCCGCCCCUCUCUGGGCCUCCCUCUCCCUGGUCGACGGGGCGGCCCCCGGCUCCGUCGAGCCCCGCACCGGCGUGGCAUUCCCCACCGAGGCCUCCGCCGGGCGCCGCCUCCUCGGCGUCGGCCUCCGGAAGACCAGCGUCCUCGGGCUCAAGUCCAUCGACGUCUACGCGUUCGGCGUGUACGCGGAUGGCAACGAUUUGAAACAGCAGCUGGAGGAGAAGUACCAGAAGUUCUCGGGCUCUGAACUGAAGGAAAAUGCUGAGCUGAUCAAUGAUGCGCUAGAGCACGACAUACGGAUGACGGUCAAGCUGCAGAUUGUAUAUGGGAGGUUGAGCAUUCGCUCAGUUCGCAGCGCAUUUGAGAAGAGUGUGGGAAGCAGGCUUCAGAAGUUUGGUGGACAGGACACCAAAGAGUUGCUUCAGAGCUUUGUUGCAAUUUUUAAGGACGAAUACAAAUUACCAAAGGGUUCUGUGAUUGAACUUUCAAGGGAAUCAAACCACGUGCUUAAAAUAAGCAUUGAAGGCGAGGAAGUGGGGAACAUCCAGAGCAAGCUCUUGUGCAAGUCUCUCUUUGAUCUCUACAUUGGAGAUGAGCCCUUUGACAAAAACGCAAAAGAUAAUGUCCAAGAAAAUAUAGCUAGCAUUCUUAAAAGUUAAAGCUGUUUAUAUCUGUGCCCAAUGUUCUUUUCUGUUUGCUUCUAUUUCUGGACUUGAACCUCCUUGCAUAAAGGAGGCAGAAUGAGGAGCUGUUGGGCAACCCAAAUACAUCAAGAAAGUCUGGGCAUCCAUGCCGGGUUGAAUCCUGUUGUUCAGAUUACCGGUAGGUGUAUAUUCUCGUAGCAACACCGAGUCUAAAAAGAGCUGCUUGUAGGCCCAUUUUGCUGACUGAUGGGCAGAUUUCCGGAUGGUACCUCGUUAGUUCUCUGCUGCCUGCUGGGCUCGUGCAAGACUGAUUUGCUCUGAUUCCAGUAUUCCA